AUCAUCUUGGACGUGAGAGGACGAGACGGGGGCAUAAGCGUCCAUUGACUGAAAUUGGCGCAUCUAGAGCCUCCCAACACUUUCCCUCUUCAACUUAAGGACUGUCCAGCUUGUCAUUGAAUAUAUAACUUUCGAGCCCCUCAAUUCCUCCAUUAAUAUUCCACGAGAACCCCGCCAAUAUCCCCGAAUUCGCCGAAACUAUGUCUUCGUCACGAUCCUUUGCGACUUGCUUGGCCAAGCUCCCGGCUACGGCACCUCGAACAAUACAGUCGAUACGACUUGGCCAGAAUGUACUGUCUCAGACAGCCAAGGGUCGAUCUUCUACAAUCUCUCGAUUUACUCGCUUCUCGCCUGUUUCCCAUAGAGCAUUUACUACCACGACGCAACGGCGCCAUGGACAUAUUGACCCCCCGAAGCCCGGUGAGGAACUUUAUGUCACGUUCAUCGAGAAGGACGGCACAGAGAACAAGUUUGCUGUUUCGGAAGGGGACAACCUUCUCGAUAUCGCCCAAGCAAACGAUCUAGAGAUGGAGGGCGCAUGCGGAGGAUCUUGCGCCUGCUCGACAUGCCAUGUUAUCGUUGCCGACGACGCAUAUUUCGACAAGAUGCCCGAACCCGAGGAUGACGAGAACGACAUGCUGGACCUGGCCUUUGGACUCACCGAGACGAGUCGAUUGGGCUGCCAAGUUAAGAUGACCAAGGAGCUAGACGGCCUAGUGGUGAAGCUGCCAUCCAUGACGAGGAACCUGCAAGCGAGCGACUUCAGUUAAGAAGCUUAAUGAAGCACAUGUUUUGAUAUGAGAUGAGGAAAGCUCUGUACUUGUAAAACUACUGUAUUUGGAAAAGACCAGGCGAUGGCGGGGGACUCAGGUGCAUCAUACGGGGUAUCUUUGUUAUGACAUUUAGUUGUAAGGCCGGAAGAGCACGGCAUGAUGAUUCUACUACUCCUCUUAAACGAAAGAAAGAAAUGAACACACUGAAAUGAUAUUACGCCUCUUCAAGCGCUCC